GUUAUAGAAGGAUUACAUAAAACGGCGCCGUUACAAGUGUUGUUGAAGAGUACAAAAAUCCCUAACGUAGAGGAAACGAGAACUUUAAAGUUAAGGACUUACGAGUACGACUAGAGGCGAAGGAAGACGAAGAUGGCGAAACCAAAGAGAGACGAAUUGAAACAAAUCCUUGUUGGUUAUCACAACACCGUCAACGAUACUCUUCAGUUGUUCGAGCAGAAGCUGUGUCUUACACAAGACACAUUAAGCUGGAACGAUGUCCUUGAGAUUUCUGAUCACCUCUCCAAACAAGCCACCAUAGUGGGAAUGCUAUGGACUGGAGAACCUCCACAAGCUGAAGCACUGAAAGAAGCUAUGGAGUCAUACUUCAAUGCUCUUCAAGGAUUUUUGCUGCAUUGUCAUGGAAGCAUGGCUGGUGCUGGGACUACACUUUUUUCAUCCAUACAAGCCUCUGUGAAACAAAUUGUUGGUACCAGCUUUAGAUUGUUGCAGGGUUCUGUCUCUCUAUACGAAGGAGAAUAUGAGAAAGGCAGGAAGCCGUCGAUUCCGCAGCUUGCAGGAGCAGUGUGGGAAGCAUGCUCCAAUUUGAAGAAGGUGCCUGCAACAAACAUCAAAGCUAUUGGAAAGGCGAUGACGCAGGUCACUGUUUCCAUGAAAGAUGUUCUUAGGGAAAUGAAAGAACUGAAGCCAGCUUGUUUUUCACCCGAGCCUGAUGAUGCUUAUGCAAACCCCGAAACCGAAACUCCAAACUCAGAUGAAGAUGAUCUAGGCGAUGACUUGACUCCUGCAGAAUUUGAGGUUUCUGAAAUGGUAGCUGAUAUCGUAUCCGAGGCACUUGUGGUUAUAAAAGAGCUUAUCCGUGCUAUCACAGGCAUGAUCAAGCUGGAGAAUCCAAAGGAUGACGGUGCGUUUGUGGCCACGCUUGAGAACUUACUGAAGUUGUGUCAAGAUUUUGGAGUACAGAUUGACGAGCUUGGAGCCUGCGUUUACCCGCCACAAGAGUUGAGUCUCAUGAAACAAACAUUGGGAAGAAUAAGGGAAAAUAUUGGUGAGAUUGAGGCUGAUGUUAAGGGUUUUAAGAAUUCUUCAUCUGGAGCUUUAUUAGGAACUUGCAGAAGGCUGCAGAGUUCAAUUGAAAAUAUGGAAACCGAGCUGGACAAAAGAGUUGAUGCUGAAGUAGUUGGCAAAAUGCAGAAUGUUACUCUUUAGUACCUAGACAUGUUUGGAUUUAAUUUCUUACUUCUUAACUUUUAGUGUUCAGGACGUGGUUUUAG